UUUGGAGGAGUAAAGAUGAUAAACAGGGUAGCUCCAGCUUUCUUGGUUCCUGUACUUUUUUCACUUUCCUGCAUAUUCAUUGGAGCUCUUUCAGGUCCAAAGGGUGAUGGCUCGAGUGGUAUAACUGGAUUGAGAUUAAAAACAUUCAAAGAGAAUUGGAGUUCUGAUUAUCAGUUUACUACAAAUGCCGGAAUACCUGAUCCAGAAGGACCUAUAUACUGGAAUUUCAAUGCAUUGGUGGGUCUAUUCUUUCCAGCUGUAACAGGAAUCAUGGCUGGUUCAAACCGAUCUGCAUCUUUGAAGGAUACACAGCGCUCUAUACCAAUUGGAACACUUUCUGCAACACUUAUUACCUCCUUUUUAUAUUUUAUAUCAGUUAUAUUAUUUGGAUCCUUGGCCACUAGAGAAGAGCUACUGACAAAUCGGCUUCUUACUGCUGAAGUUGCUUGGCCCUUUCCAGCGAUUAUAUAUGCUGGGAUUGUUCUCUCUACUUUAGGUGCAGCGCUUCAGAGUUUGACAGGCGCACCGCGCUUGCUCGCAGCAAUAGCGAACGAUGACAUUCUCCCAGUUCUUAAAUAUUUCAUGGCCACAGAAGGAGAACCACAUUUGGCAACUCUCUUUACUGCCUUUGUUUGUAUCUGCUGUGUUAUAAUUGGAAAUCUGGAUCUGAUAACACCUACUAUAACUAUGUUCUUCCUGCUUUGUUAUGCUGGAGUCAACUUAUCUAGCUUCCUUCUUGACCUACUUGAUGCUCCUAGCUGGCGCCCUAGAUGGAAAUUUCACCAUUGGAGUCUGUCACUUCUUGGAGCAUCUCUUUGCAUUGUGAUCAUGUUCCUGAUCUCCUGGUUAUUCACUGUGGUGUCUCUGGCCCUUGCUAGCCUGAUAUAUUAUUAUGUGAGCAAAAAAGGUAAGGCUGGAGACUGGGGGGAUGGAUUUAAGAGUGCCUAUUUUCAACUAGCCUUGCGUAGCCUUCGAUCACUGGGAGCAAACCAGGUACACCCUAAAAAUUGGUACCCUAUCCCGCUCAUAUUCUGCAGACCGUGGGGAAAACUACCUGAAAAUGUUCCUUGUCAUCCAAAACUAGCAGAUUUCGCUAACUGCAUGAAGAAAAAGGGUCGAGGGAUGUCAAUCUUUGUCUCAAUUAUUGAUGGUGACUAUCAUGAAUUGGCAGAGGAUGCCAAGGCCAUCAGCCGUCAGCUGAGCACCUACAUCAACUACAAACGCUGUGAAGGAGUAGCUGAGAUUAUAGUUGCUCCAACAAUGUCUGACGGCUUUCGUGGUAUUGUCCAGACAAUGGGACUAGGCAACCUUAAACCCAAUAUUAUAGUUAUGCGAUACCCGGAGAUAUGGCGCCGGGAGAACCUCUUCCAGAUUCCAUCUACUUUCGUCAGCAUCAUCAAUGAUUGCAUUAUCGCCAACAAAGCAGUUGUAAUUGUCAAGGGCCUCGACGAAUGGCCGGGUGAAUAUCAAAGACAAUUUGGCACGAUUGACCUCUACUGGAUCGUGAGAGAUGGGGGACUCAUGCUUCUCUUAUCCCAGCUCCUCCUGACAAAAGAAAGUUUUGAGGGUUGCAAGAUUCAAGUCUUUUGCAUUGCCGAAGAGGACACAGAAGCUGAAGUUCUCAUGGCUGAUGUUAAGAAGUUCCUUUACGACCUCCGCAUGCAAGCUGAGGUAAUUGUUAUACCAAUGAAGUCAUGGGAGUCAGAUACUAACCAUGAAGGUCAACAAGAUGAGUCGAUGGAGGCAUUUACGGGCGCACAACGCCGAAUUGCAAAGUACCUUUCUGACAUGAAGGACACUGCCAAAAGUGAAGGAAGGCCCUUGAUGGCUGAUGGGAAGCCAGUAAUUGUAAACGAGCAACAGGUCGAUAAGUUCCUUUAUACGACUCUCAAGUUAAAUUCGACGAUCCUUGGAUACUCACGAAUGGCAGCUGUCGUGUUGGUCAGCCUCCCUCCACCCCCUCUAAAUCACCCAGCGUAUUUCUACAUGGAGUAUAUGGAUCUCUUAGUUGAGAAUGUGCCAAGGAUGUUGAUAGUUAAGGGAUAUAGGAGAGAUGUUGUUACCCUGUUCACAUAAUUGUAAUUGCCUUUUUGUCUCGAUUUUCAAUUUUCAUUAAACUCCUAAUUAUUUCAUUGAUUCUUUUUUGGA